AUGGCCUCGAGGCGGGUCCUGCCAGACAACCUCGCAGGCCACGCUGCCGCGCAUCCGCACCACCAGCAGCACGCCCGCCAGUUCGUCGGCCAGCCCCGCGAGAACUCGGUCCCCUUCUGGAUCAUCACGACCGUCAUCAUCGUCGGCGUCUGCAUCUUUGCCAUCGCCGCCGCCGCCUGCUGCUGGCACAUGGGCCGCGACCAGGGCCGCAUCGAGCGCGACCGGCGCGCCAUGUGGCCCUUCGUCUGGGGCCGCGGCGGCGGCGGCGCUCCCCCUCCCGGCAUGCCCCUGCAGCAACAGCCUCGAGGCCCGCCUCCGAACCCGGAGAUAGCGGGGUACUACUCGCCUGCGGGGCCGCCGCCUGCGCAGGCCGGACCGAGGAGCGCGGAGGAGCAGGAGGCGAGGCAGCAGGUGAGGGGCUUCUAUGAGCCGACGCCGCUGACCCAGGCACCGGAAGGAGGCGUCAUGUCUGCGCCUAGGGUGGCAUGA